CUUGGUGAUAAUGAAAUAGAAGACGAUAACAAGAUUGCGAUAAAAUUGGAAGAUUAUAAAAAAUUGAAAUUAGAAUCAUCUAAACUUAAUGAUUUGAAUAUUGAGGAUUAUGUAUCGCGUUUUAAAGAUUUAGAUAAAUCAGCUACAUUAUUCUUGAUUCAUAUGUACAAAAGAGAAUUGCUUGAUCCAUUUGAAGAUUAUAGAAGAUCAUUUGAGUCAUUGAAACCAGAAGAGAUUUUUGCAAUGUUAACUGGAGAAACAGAAGAAACUUUGGCCUAUCUAAAGAAAUUUUAA